AUGAGAAGGGGAGGGGAAAGUCGCCGGUCAUCCGAACGCAAGAGGGUGACCGAGUGCCUCGGGGCGAGGAAAGUGAAAUCUUUUCCGAAGAUCUUUUCGCUUUUCUUCUGUUUUUCCAACAAGUGAAAUCAUUUCACGUCUUGCUUGUGAAAUCCUCGAAAUCAUGUCAAAAAAACCUUCAAAUGAAUGAAAUAAAAAAAUUCUUUUUUUAAUUUCUUAGCCAUUAAGGAAAAAGUGUUUUCAAAAAAAUAUUGUCUCGAAAAACCAAGAAGAUAAAGCAAACUGAGACUUCCAGUUAAAACUUUAAGUUUUUUUCGAUUUUUGGUUUUCUCACUUCUUGGGAAAGUAGAACUAGAUGAAUAAAUAACAAAAAAUCUUAUUUUUCAGAUUCUGAGUGUUGGAAUUGUCGAAGAGUCUUCGCCACUCUCAAAAUUUUCCUCGACUACAGGUUGUUCUCGUCGAACCCGUUGAAAUGUUUGUUUUGUGUGGGUCUGGGCGAAUGAGAAGCCGUUGGAAAUGUUGCGAACAACGAGAGGAUGAGGCAGUGCGGUUCAAAGUGAGACGCAGAGAAGUGCGUUGCGCAACUGGACGUUGCAAAGGAAAAGGGGGAGGUUUAUUGGAAAAUUGAGCCGUGGGUGUUCUCACUAUGGAAAUUAUUCUGAUCUUUUGGGAUUUGUUCAGAAUUUUCUCUUGAAAAUAAUCUACUGACAUAAAAACUUAUCACUUCUGAGAAUGGAAUAAAAUAAAAUAAGUGAACAGGAAAACUCAGAACUGAAAAUGACACUUAAAACCUUUCUCUGUGUCAGUUCUCAGCUGCUCUAGAGGAGAUCAAGUUGCUUAACUGAAUUGACCCACUUUAUGGUAAUCAACGUUAAGAGAACUCUGAUCAACUUCGAAAGUUAUCAGAUUUUUCAUAAGAUGGGUUAUUAAAGGCAAUUUUAUCCAGUAAAGUGGGAAAGAAUCAGCUGGAGCGUUAGUCUGGAAAACGAAACGAAACGAGGAGAUGCAUGUGAAAAACGGCGGCCGGCCACUCUUUCGAAUUUCAGACUGGACUGACCGUCGUCUGUCGUCUACUCUCGUUCAGCGGACUCUCGAGCCGUCUGUCCGUCUGCGACUCGCCUCUCUCGCGACAGCCGGCUGACCACCAGACGUCGGCCUCCUCGAUUACACGCUCUCUCGAUGAACAAGGCGCCGCCCACUCACGAUUCCGAGCCGCCGACAUGCUUUUGCAUUGCGCCAUGCCAACACUCGACUAA